UAUAUUUGCACUGGGCAAACAGAUUUUAUUAUGUUACGGUUAUCUGUCGCCGGCACUCCUCGCGCGCGCACACAUCCCCUUUGAGUCUUCGGCACUUUGGCAGGAAGCAACAGGUUCGUUUAGCAUACACAUACAAAAGUCCUGCGAUGGGAAUCCAUGGAUUCACCUUUAGACAAUUGAAAAACAAAAAAUAUUUUUCUUUUAAUCCAGUUUGAAUUUAGAUCUUAAUAUUAAUUUUAAUAUUGAAAUUAAUUGUUUAUUUAUUUUAUAACUUUUAGGUUUGUUUAUUUUAAUUACUAUUGUUGAUGUUAUAACAUCAACAAAAUAGUUAGCAAAGAAGGUGAAAUCUUUUUGACGCGUGGCGCCCUCCCGAGCAUCACUGCAUCCUGGUGGCGGUUCUCCUUCGCGCACUCGCCGCCCCCGCGUUCUCCACCACCAAGCAGCGCGAGCUCGCGCGUCCUUCAGUACGGCGCAACGUCGCUACCGUGGCGGUCGUCCUGCUGAACCAUCAACCCCCUCAUUACGCAGACUCGUGUUGUCGCGUACUCGCGCGCUAUGCACCCCGCCAACUUAACGAAACUUUCAUUAACAUUAAAAUUAACCUGUGUUCACCAACAAUAAACAAGCAAAAAAAAAAUGAAGUGUCCCCAAGUGUUCCUGUUGAUGUUUCUGUUAUUAUUAGUGAACGGUGAACAAAUUCGUCAUGAGCGAUCACGGGCUCGAUUAUUACGAGCCGGACGGCAUGAGGAACAGUUGAAAUUAAUUAAGGAAGAUACCAGUGAUGAUGACGCUGAGCCCACGAUGGUUUACGAACCCUUGUCGACAACUUAUGAUUAUACUUCAGUUAUGUUAGACCAGGGUGUCAAGGAAACUGAAAAGGAUUCCAACAAGGCGUAUCAUUUCAGUACCCGCGUGAAACCCACCCCUGAAGACGAGAAAGAACCUCCCAAGAAAAAUGUCACAGAAAGUCACGAAGGGACUAAUCGUAGAAUUACGGUAGAUGGUAACUUUACUCAACCCGCGACGAAAAUGAACAACACUUGGUCACUGGACAAAAGUGUCCUGUAUAUGGGCGAUCGUGCGCUGCAUCAUAAACAGCCCUCGACACGCAAACCCCUAAUAAGAGACAACAACCAGAACCUGGCCUUGAAUGACGCUGGCCAACAAGACCCAAACGAAGAUCAGUCCCAGGAACCUCAAGAACCACAGAUCCCUGAUUCCUACAUAGACACAGAAAAGGAUUUCGAUGCGGAUAUUGAUGAAGAAACUGUAAUAUCCUUCACGGAAGGUCCAAGAUCUGGGCAUGUGGAUAUUGUGACCAGAUUUUUGAGAAUUGUCGAAUCACAGCAUUUGCUUGGGGAAAAUUGUACAGCUGGAACGGAUUUGAAUCUGGGUGAGGGUGUCGUGGAUCGGUACGCGCAGGAACGCUUCCGGAUGGAGGCGGACUUGGCGGUCAACCGGGCCAAUAUGCUAACCCGCCUGUGGAAGUACGCCGAUCCCAAUGUGGUACUCUCCGAGUAUCUCCUGCAUGCGUCCGUUUUUUCAAUGGUCGAAUUUGACGAUGAUAUUUUCGCCGCUGGCAAUUGCUACGAUCAGUACCAGUACAAGGACUACUGGCUCUUCUGCCCCUACGCUUACCGCCUGCCCGAGGGGGCGAUUCUCGUGAAGGAUCUCGCCGUCGAGUACAAGUAUCUGAGCAACACUUCCGAGUGGUUCUACAUCGCGCGCAAGAAUGCCGAGAAUGUUAUCAGGCAGUACAAGCAAUUCAGUCGAGGCUACAACACGUACACGCACAAUGAUUCGGCGCACUCGGAGCGUGUCCCCGACGAAAUCCUCUCAGUUCGCUACGAGGACGGAAAAUGGUCGAAGCCGUAUUAUGAUUGUGGCGGCGGCAACAUCUGGAUGCUCACCUACACGGUGCCGUUCUUUGGCUUCAACAACAGCACCUACUUUUUCAAAGGUACAAGUGGAAUAGACGUGGAUCUACGAAGGGUGGAUAUCGACCAGUGCCCGCUGCCAGCGGACAGCACUCAGUUGAACAUCUUUGCCUCGUCGGAUAAGUGCAAGAAGCGAACGACCGAGUGCGUGCCGCUCGCAGGGCUGGGUUUCCGGCGCGGCAGUUACAAAUGUGUCUGCAAGAAAGGAUACUACUUUCCGGAUACCACAGCCGAGCGGCGUUAUUAUAAUGGCACACUACUUGAAGAGGAAUAUGAAAAAUACAUGCUCGGGCAGACGAACCACUACUCGACGGCGGACCUCUUCGAAUGUCUGCAGUGUCCGGAGGGUUGUGAGCAGUGCGAGGAUGAUCGGCCGUGCGUCGUUUCCCUCAACUGGGUGAUGCGCACCGCCAUACUGGUGCUUUCGUGCGUGAUAAUCUGCUGCCUGCCGGUGGUCGUGAUUUUCACCUGGAAGUACGGCAACGUCAAGGUUGUUAGAGCUGCUAGUCCUGUUCUACUACGAGUUAUUACAUUGGGAGCGUUUUUUAUAUAUAGUACUACUUUGGUAAUGUAUCCGCGCCCGAGCGUGUACACGUGCACGGCGCGCGUCUGGUUGCGCGAGAUCGGCUUUUCGCUAACCUACGGCGCACUCAUGCUGAAAACCUGGCGGAUUUCUGUAAUAUUCCGCGUGAGGUCGGCGAAGGCCGUCAAGAUCACCGACAUGAAUCUGCUGAAGCGGCUGGGCAUUAUCCUGGCGAUUUUCACCGUGUUCCUCAUCAUUCGGACGCUCGUCGCACCGCCGAUCGUCAUCGUCGGGCGCACCGCCGACGAUCUGAAAGCGUAUCUGUGUCGCACCGAUUGGUGGGAUCACUCCUUCAGCAUGCUCGAAGUGAUUUUCCUUGUUUGGGGAAUUCGCCUCUGCAUCGUCGUGCGGAAAGCGCCUUCGGAGUUCAACGAGAGCCGCUUCAUAUCCAUGGCGAUUUAUAAUGAAUUUCUACUUUCGGUUUUCUUAAAUAUUUCGAUGCUCUUCCUUCAAAAGCCGGCUAAUCCCGAUCUUCUCUACAUCAUUUUCUUCUGUCACACGCAGCUCACUGUCACGCUGCUUUUGUGUUUAAUAUUUGGGAGUAAAGCAUAUAUGGUCUUCAAAGGCCACGAUAAAAAUGAAGAUUCUUCCGGUAUGAUGUCAAAACCGCAAGCUUCUAAGUUCAUCAGUAAAGUGCGUUCAGGCAACUCGCAAUACACGAGCACAAACUCAUCAGUCGCCGGUUUAGAAUACGCGAAAAUCUCCGAAGCAGAUGUACAGGAAGAAUUCAUGCGUCUGUACACACAACUAGAACUCCUGAAAGAGAAAAACAUGCGCGUUGGCAACCGCCAUCUAGCGUCGAAAAUAACCGCGAUGCAAAACGCCGCAUGCAAACACGAUCAUGACCAGGAAGCGACGAAACGCGGCUCGAAAAACAUGCUCAAGGAUAAAGUGUCCACAACGCGUAUUCAGGAAGAAACAAGUUGCGACACCACAUCUGCAACAACGCCAUCUACCGGUAAAGUAAAGCGACCUAGUGUAUCAUUUGCUCAAGCGGAUGUAAAUGGUGAAUCAACAGCUAUAAAAACCACCACUGAUGAUUCCCAAGAAGAGUCCACAUCAGCCACGGAAGGUAGUAUUGAAUUGGGUAGCCGAGAAGAUCAAUCAUCGACUCCGCCCACUGUGAACGUGGCAGCGGUGAGUAGCGCAAGCGAAAGUCCAUCCAGCAGUCGAAAUGGCCGCGUGUUGAAGUCCGGUCAUGCGCGGACGCAUGCGAUUGUUAUCAAUCUAGACGAUAAGAGCCGAUUUACCGAAGAAGUCACCGUUUAAAUUCAGCAAGUUAGUUAUUUCUAAGUAACUUGCUGAUUUGAGGUUAGUUUUAGUACCAGUUAACGCCGUCGACUGACUUGAGCCCCAUGUCGACCGCCUUAAUUCGUAUACGCGACGGAAUCAAGCGUGAGCGACAUUUUUACUCACUCUGGAUUUUUCUAUUCGACUGACACUUCCGGCUAGAGGCUAGACAUAUCGUGCACAUACAAUGAAAAUGAAAAUAUUGAUAUCAAUGUGUAUAUGUACAUAUUACUACGAUAAUUAUAAACUCUGAUUACAAAAAGUGUAAACAUGGUAAAUGUAUAAUUAACAAAACGUUUAAACUUUAAAAACAUGCACGGCGUUAUCAAUUUGCAUAAAUUAUUAUAAAAUUGAUUGCGUCAGGAGUGCUGUAUAAAAACUAAUAUUGAUAAAACCAAAAACAAAAUGAUAACUAUUACGUGUUAAGACGACUAAGAUUUUAUCACUACGUAAUUGUGUAAAUUCGUCGCAUUGGAUGCACUAUGUUUGCGCAUGCGCAAUGCGCUCAAGAGUAUUAUCAUUGUUAAGAAGCCGAAGGGAUAACUUAAAGUCAUUGGGAAUGUAAUUUGGAUUUAUUUUGAGUAAUGCUCAGCAUGUAUUAAGAUGUUAUACAUUCGGUUGUUGGAAAAAUUUAAAUAAAUUUGAAAUCAUUUUUCUAAAAAAA